AUGUCGACGACCGACGCCUCCAAGGCAAACUCGGCGACCACCUCGCAGUUCACCUCGGGUCUGGUCAUCGGUGCCGUCACCAUCGGCGUCUGCCUCGUCUUUUGGGGCAUUUUCCACGCCCGCAAGACCCUCAUUCGCGUCUUCCAGCCGCGCAUUGAGCUCGGCGCUCCAGACAAGCGCCCGCAAAAGCUCCCCGACAGUCCAGUAGGGUGGUGGAGAACCAUUUUCCAAGUUAGAGACGAACACAUUCUCCAGAUCAACGGCCCAGAUGCCUACUUCACCGUUCGUUACCUCAAGAUCUUUGGCGUUUGUCUCCUUGCUUUCUUCUCCUUCCUGUCGCUCGCUGCACUCGUCGCUCCUGCUGUUGUUGGACCCAACAACAACCUCGGUGGCGUCAACCAGCUUACCUUUGGAAAUGUGGCCGAGUCGCUCCGUCGCAUUCCUCACAUGAUUGUCACUGCGAUCUUCAUUCUGGUGACCAACUACCUUCUCUGGCGCGAGUUCCGUCACCUGGUUGACAUCCGUACCCGCUGGCUCAAGUCAGACUCGACUAGCCGCAAGUCGCGCACUGUCAUGAUCACCAAUGUUCCCACCGACAUGUUCUCGGAGGGUGGAAUUAAGGAGCUCGCUAGCACUGUCGCCACUCAGACCUCGGCCGGCCUUCCUCGUCCCAGCGGCGUCUCUGCUGAGACCCACCGUGCUCCCGGCGGCGUCACCGACGUCUGGCUCGCUCGCAAGGUUAAGGAUGUUGAGAAGGUCUGGGAGGACCGCGACAAGGAGUGCAACCGUCUCGAGGGUGGUAUCGGCAAGCUCCUCAAGCUGGCGCUGAAGAACCAGCGCAAGGGCAAGACCCCCGAGGCCAAGGGCACCUGGAACCAGGAGAGCGGCAACCCCCUCGACCAGUAUGUUCUCCCCAAGAAGCAGCCCAAGUGGAAGCAGGGCUUCCUUGGUCUCUUCGGCAAGAAGAUGGACCUCGAGACCUCCCCUGCUUACAUCCGCGAGAAGAACGCCGAGCUCGUCAAGCUCCGCGCCAACGAGGAGGAUUACGAGCUUGGCAACGUCGCCUUUGCCCGCUUUGCCACCCAGGAUGAGGCCCACAACUUUGCCCGCCUUUUCAAGAAGACGGACCCCAAGCGCUUCAUGAUGGUCAAGACUAGCAUCGAGGUCGUUCCUGAAGACGUGAUCUGGAGCAACCUCAGCAUUAACCCCUACCAGCGCAAGGCUCGGACCGCCGUCUCGUUUGGCCUCACCAUCACCCUCAUUAUCUUCUGGACCAUCCCCAUGGCCUUUGUCGGUUUUGUUUCCAACAUCGACACCCUCACUACUUGGGAGGUGAACGGCACGAGGCCCUUCGCGUGGAUCCUCAAGAUUCCCGCGGCUCCGCUCGGUAUCAUCAAGGCUGUUCUCCCCACUGUGGCCCUCGCAGUCCUGUUCAUGCUUCUGCCCAUGGUUCUCCGCGCUUGGAUCAAGCUGCAGGGAGAGACGCGCAAGUCGGAGGUGGAGCUCAAGCUCUUCAGCCGUUACUGGCUCUUCUGGAUCGUGCACGGUUUCUUCAUUGUUACCCUCGCUUCCGGUCUCGUUGGCGCUCUUUCGAACAUUAGCGGCACUCUUGACUCGAUCCCUACCCUCCUUGCCGAGAAGCUCCCCGGCGCCAACAUCUUCUUCCUCGUGUUCAUUCUUACCGCGACUUGGAGUGCCGCCGCCAAGACUCUGGCUCGUGUGGUCCCCUUCGUCAUGUAUCAGCUGCGCGGCUUCCUCGCCGGCGGCACUCCUCGUAAGGCAUUCGCGCAGAAGUUCAAGAUGGACUCCUUCAUGUGGUCGACUACCAUGCCCAACAUUUGUCUCAUCGUCGCCGUCACGAUCAUCUACUCGACAAUCCAACCUCUUGUGACUAUUAUCGGUUUCAUCGGCAUGGUGCUCUUCUACUCGGCCUACAAGUACCAGCUUCUCUGGACUUCUGACCAGCCCGAGGAGCUCGAGACCGGCGGCCUCUACUACCGCAAGAUGCUCCGCACGGUCUUCGUUGCCAUGUACUUCCAGAUUGUCUGCCUGGCGGCUCUGUUCUUCCUCAUGAACAACACCGUUGGCUACAUUGGCGGUGCAGUCAUCGCUGUUUGCGGUCUCAUCACUGCCGUCCACCAGGCCUACCUUGACCACGUCGCCUUCAAGAAGGACGUUAUCAUGUACGGCUGGACUCAUCUUUACUCGUCGAGCCAGACGCACCUCAACCCCACCGAGAACGUCGUCAGCGAGAAGUCGCCGGGCGAGAAGACUCCUCCCAUUAUGGACGACGCCGCUGGUCUCACUGGCCAGGACCGCAUUGACGUCCGCCACGAGUUUGACCACCCCGCCAUGUACAAGAAGCAGCCUGUCAUCUGGAUCGCCAAUGACCCGCUCGGCAUCGGCAAUUACGAGGCCAACCGGAUCAACGCUGCUGGCGUUGAGGCGUCCACACAGUUUGCACACAUCGACGAGAAGGGCAAGCUCGACGUUGACCGCUCGCCUCCUGACGAGGACUGGGACGGUGGCGUGUAA